AUGACGGCAAACACAAUUUUUGAAAAUUUAAUCGAGAACGUCGUAUUGUUUUUUAUGGCGGUGUUUGUCUCACUCUGCGGACUGAACGGCCUCUCUUCUUCCAGCAGUUCAAACUCUAAAGUUGACGGAAGAACUCAAUCCGGAGCGUCUUCGGGAAUGCAAAUCCAUCAUUUGAUUUUCCUUCCUCAACAACACAAAUCUCUCUUUCAAAGCAUUGUGAAAAAUCAUUCGUCAAAGCAAGAUCCCAGCCAACCACUUGGGAUAAGGAACCGAAAACAACAAAAGCAUCAUAGAAAAGCUUCUAUCAAAAAUUAA